CACUGAUCGAUCGAUAAGAAGACGUCCAUGUUAUUUUUUUUAAAAAUUGAAAUCAAUUAUUCUACCUACAUUUCUAAGAUUUCGACGCAUCAAAUUCUCGCUCACUGAUCUUAGGAUUACUCGUAUACAUUCCACAGUAAAAUUGUUUUGUACAUUCCUAUCAAAUCUGUGAUUAAACCAUCAAUUGUUGGUACAUAAUAUUCAUCUAUUUAUUUAUUUAUUUAGUCCAUUAGCGAAAAAAAGAAGGAUAUUUAUCAUAACAAACAUUCAACUUUGAAAGUUUAUCUUGCUUUGUGUACACAUGUUCGUCAGACCGCCUACAGUUCGAACAACCAGAAACCCCCGUAGACGACCCCCACAUAUACUUGGUUUGAAUGAAAUGAAUCGUCCACUGUUACGACAAGUGAUCAGAAGUCGUCGAUCGAAUCCAGUCCGUGAAGCAUAUGUAUUAGAAAUAAGAGAAGGUCCUGUGGUUAAUAACAACUCAAAUACAGCUAAUACAAGGAUGAUACCCCAGCCAUGGGUUACUGUGCGCGACUAUUUUAAGGGAAAUGACUUUGUCAGUCUUCCUGUUUCUAUUUGCAACACAUUAUUGAAACACCUUAUGACAUGUGCCAUAGUUGAUGAUGACCACCGAGUAGAAAGCUCUGAAGAUAGUGAAAUUGAGUGUACUACUUCACCUUCCCCCAAAGUUGGAGAAGAGGCAAGUUUAACUGAAACAUCCGGUGAAACAGCAUCACAGGUUGAAGGGGGAGCAUCUGAAGGUACGAAAGUCAUCAAGAAAGUAUCUUCACGUGUCAAACCUCAUACCUUCCAGCUUAGUUUAUUAAAACCUAUAAGAAUAGUGUGUGAAGCAACAGGAUGUACACUGGAGGUUACGGCACGUAAUCCUUUGCCAAAACACACAUCUACUAGUUCAGAAGAACCAACACAAACAGUCCAAGCUGAUCCUGACAAGCGAUGGCUUAUUUCAGCUCCACUAGAAGUUCGUAAAAGUAAUUCUUCAGGUGGUGAGCAUACCUUGGAUGGCAGUGGAAUUGGUAGUACCACUAAUGGAAGUGGUCGACGUCAGUACUCCUGGGAAACACGUGGCACCUUGGAACUACAUACGAGUCUGAUGCCCAAGCUAUUAACAUUUCUUGCCGAUGUUGCGACACGUUAUCGAGCAAUUGAUUUAAUUCCAAAAGUUCAAUCACUAUACAGUAUAUCGGGUGAAAGAAGGUUUUUAUUUAAUUUAAAAGAUACUCGAUGGGGAAAACGAAUUCACAUUUCUCAAGUUACAGACCUACAUCGUAAUGUUAUCGGCAUUCCGUUAGAGGAUUUGGUUAGCUUUCGCUCAAGGUUAGAUACGGUGAUAAAAAGUUUAGGAUUGGAAGAUCAAUAUGCCAUACGCUCAUCUAUCCACAGAAACAGUGAAAAUAGAUCAACACAUAAGCAACAACAUGCACCAGUUUCAUCUCAAGAUACUUCUAAUUUGCCAAGUGAAUCCGUAGGUGGAGUGAAUAGUACAGAAAUAGACGAGGAGAACAAUCGAAUCGACACUAGCAAUACACAAAAUCGUACUCAUGGACGUGAAAAUCGUCCUUCACGUACAGGGGUAUUCGCACUAAACAAUAAGGAAAACAGAAAUGCUGGGACAUAUGAUAGUGAAUCUGGACAGCGUCGUAACCGUGGUAACAGGUUCGGAAGACGUAGUAAUUGGACGAAUGGAGGACGUGGAAAUCCAAUGAAACGAAGAGAUAAGAAUCAAUUAUCUUCUAAUCAAGAUUUAAAAACAUCUGAUGAAAUUGAACACAAUGAAGUAAACACAAAUUCUAAUCUUCAGAAUUCACUCGAACCUGUUGUUGAACCGACUCGAAUAACGCCUGCAGCUGAGGCCAGUGCAUAAGUAAAAUAUUUUGACUACAUAGUUAUAAUGAGUAUUCUGAAUAUGUUUACACUUAUCAGUCUACAUGCUAUUUGUUUUCUCUGUGCAUUAGACAAUUUUAUAAUUAUUGUUUUAUGUUUGUAUUAUCUAAAAACAAAACAACAGAUGAACUCAAUUAUUUGUUUUUAAACUUUGAAGUAUUUCAAGUUGUAUAAUUGAACCUCUGAACGAAUAUGUUUUUCAUUUUUUCGGGUUAAACUCAUAUAUUGAGAGUUAAUAAAACCAAUCAAAUUGUUCAUUCAUUAAAAAUAUCAUUAGAUAUAUAUUCUCCCCGUGUUUCAUAAAUUUGCCUGUUUUUUGAGAGAGAAAAAAGAUACAUACUACUAUUCAACUAAGCAUUUUUCUGACUGAUCAGUCUUUUAUAAUUUUAACUAUUUCUCAUUCCGAAAACUAUCAUCGUUGUGUUGAAGAACGUGAACAUUCUUGAAAACCUUGAAAGUAAGCCUUCAAAGUAAUCACUCAAUUUUUUUUUACUAGUCACUCUAUAGUUAUUUAAUCUCCGGUACAAAUUUAGCUCUGUUGAUCAAUUUAUGAAUGGGUUCAUCCGGUUUUAGAUAGUUGAAGGGAAUUACCAGGUAGUUCCGAAUGAUCGAGUAAUUCAUGUUUAAACCCUUUGCAAGCUAUUGAUUUCCCUAGUUUUACAGUCAUUUCGAGAUAACUAAUGACAACUUCUGGUAUGAAACAAAUUUAUUGAUUUUGUUAGUAGCAUGUAUCCAAUUUUGAGGUAUUUCAUAUUACGGCUUUUCAUUCAAUAUAAAGCCAAAUAGUCAGGCAAUAUGAAAUCAACCAUACAUGGGUAAUUUAUUAUCUCUUGUUUUUCGAUGUAAUAAAUGAUAACUUAAUGAAACUCAACCCCCAAACCAUAAGUAAUAAUACCGUAUUGAAUUUUUAGCUACAAAAAAGUAGUGUGGCCUAAUGAUUCCACUUCAACAUAAUAAUAAUAAUAAUAAUAAUA